CGUCCUUCAGGGCUGGACAGAGCCCGCGGCCGCCGCUCCAGCUCCCUCCUAUCUUUAGUCCCAGCCCCAGGCCCGCCGGGACAGCGGAAAGCGCUCAGUCCGCUCUGGGCAGGGAGAACUUCCCGGGACACCGCGCUCCGGGCGGGGCGGGUGGCCGGGGCACGGAAGGGGGAGCUGGCCCGGCGGUGCCGGAGCGGUGCGGGAGCAUUGCUCCUCGCAAUGAAGAGCGGUGUGAGGGGAGCUCGGCUUAACCUGAGAUCACAGCCUUGGCUCUUCGCAGAGUCAGCAGAGUGAAGAGUUUGCCAACACUGAAGGAGUUGGCACUGAAGGAGACUGAAGAAAGAAAGGUUCUCUUUGCUUUUGUAGGGCAUGGAGAGUCAGGAACUGCCUUAUGUGCUAGUUGACUGUAUAGGAGGGAGGCUUGGAGUAUAUGAAGACCAUCUUGGAUUUCUGAAGAAACGUUUUCAUCUCAUCACCAUGAAAGAAUAUCUUGAAAACAAGACAUUUCUCAGCAAAAAGAUCAGAGCUAUCUAUGUGUGGUAUCACAAACCAGCUAUUACUGAAGAGCUGCUCCGGAGCUUGCCUAACUUGAAGGUAGUUGCAAGUGCUGGAGUGGGAAUAGAUCACUUGGACCUGAAACUCCUCUCCACCUAUGGUGUGAAGGUGUCCAAUACUCCAUUUAUUGUUUCCACUGACACUGCAGACAUGGGGAUGGCUUUGUUGCUGGCAUCUUCCAGGAGACUUGUUGAAGGCCAUGAGAUGGCAGUCUCCCCUGACACAGAGUAUUUCCCUGUUGACUGGCUGGGGGUUGAGGUUUCUGGAGCGACCUUGGGGAUCCUAGGAAUGGGCAAAAUUGGUUACAAAGUGGCUGAAAGAGCCAAAGCCUUUGAAAUGAAGAUUUUGUACCACAACAGAAAUCAGAGAAAAAAGGAAGAAGAAAGUGCUGUUGGAGCUGUUUACUGUAAGAAGAUGGAUGAUUUGCUCCGGCAGUCAGAUUUUGUGUUAUUGGCUGUGACUCUAACUCCACAGACACACAAAUUGAUUGGGAAGAGGGAGUUGGAGCUGAUGAAACCCACUGCUACUCUUAUUAAUAUCAGCAGAGGGCUGAUAGUGGAUCAGGAUGCUUUGGUGGAAGCCCUUCAAAACAAAGUUAUUAAGGCAGCUGCUCUGGAUGUGACAUAUCCUGAACCUUUGCCAAGGGAUCACCCCUUGUUAAAGCUGAAGAAUGUUAUAAUAACUCCUCACAUCGGAAGUGCCACCAAGAAGACGCGCUGGGUUAUGAUGGAGGAAAUGGCAGAGAGCAUAGAGGCAGCCCUGGCGGGUCUUCCUGUCCCUCGUGAGGUGCUGCCCUAAAGCAGCUUGCAUUUAGGAUUAAUGCCAGCAGUGCAGAAGCAGCAAUUUGAUCACUUUUCAUAUAAUUGCUUCGUGUAAUUUCAUGUUAUGCAGAUAAAAUAUAUAAAUCACGGGUUCAAUUUAUUCAAAUAA